CAUCUGGUUUAGUACGCAUGUUCUGCGCACAAAGGCAGUGGCGUGCGUCGCAGUCACACUGUUUUCAUGCUGAGGUAGUCGUAGAAGGGAGCGGAGAUACGAAACAUUUGCCCAUGUGUUACCCAAACGCUCAGUUACACAUGCCAUCAAAUUCUGUUACAAAUACUUGUGUGGUGUGGGAGUAGAAAACUCCAUACGGUUAAAGAAACGAAAUGGUCUGGCGCUCGUGGGGCGCGCGCGGUCUCCCCACUUCAGCACUCUGGACAGCGCUCCACCAACUUGGAGACGGCGAAACUUGUAGGAGUUAAAUUCUGGAAUGACGACCUUGGAGAUAAACGACGGUGCAAUCAUGGUGGAUAUUAAGUGUAUCUUAUCUACAGGUGCAUGCAAAACGCAAGUGGACUUUUUCAAGUGAGACAUGGACUUUGCGGAAAUUAUCUUCACGUUGUUCAUUGUUGUGGUCGCAAUUGUCUCGUUGUUGUCGAACUUGCUGGUGCUGCUAUGUUUUGUCCAGAGCACCGAGAUCCGCCGACAGGUACCGGGUAUAUUCAUCAUGAACCUGUCUUUUUGCAACAUACUUAUCACCCUUUUAAACAUGCCAUCGACAUUGGUGGGGAUUGUCAGAAACCACCAGCCUUUUGGGGAUUGCCUUUGCCAUACAGUGAGCUUUCUGGAGACCUUUUUGACUGCGAACACUAUGUUGAGUAUGGCAGCACUCAGUAUAGACCGCUGGAUAGCAGUGGUGUUCCCCUUGAGUUACUCCAGUAAAAUGCGCUACAAGGAUGCGGUGAUCAUGAUGUGCUACUCGUGGCUCCACUCCCUCACGUUUUCCCUCAUCGCCCUCCUGUUCUCCUGGGUUGACUAUAGCCACAUUUACGCCUCGUGCACAUUGCAUUUGAGCGAGGAGAGCGACAGGAUCAAGUUUACAAUUUUCACCGUCGUUUUCCACGCCAGUAGUUUCAUGCUCUCCCUGCUGAUCCUGUGCUUCACCUAUCUGAAGGUGCUAAAAGUUGCACGCUUCCACUGCAAGAGGAUAGACGUUAUAACCAUGCAGACGCUGUUCUUGCUGGUGGAUAUUCACCCAUCUGUGAAACAAAGGUGUCUGGUAGAACAAAAGAGAAGGAAACAGAGAGCCACCAAGAAAAUCAGCAUUUUCAUUGGGUCAUUCAUCAUCUGUUUUGCUCCCUAUGUUAUUACAAGGUUGACCGAGCUGCUUCCCUUCGUGGGAAUCAACCGCCAUUGGGGAAUUGUCAGUAAGUGCCUGACAUACAGCAAGGCGGCGUCCGACCCCUUUGCCUACUCCCUCCUGCGUCUACAGUACAAGAAGGUCCUGGUUACCGUUGUCAACCGGUUGCUGCGCCGUGACCUGUACCCCUCAUCUGGCCACAACAGCUCUCUGGACACAGAGAACGACUACUCUCUCCAGAGGAUCAGUUAAUGUCACCAUUAUGGACAUAACACAUAUACCACAGACAGACAGACCCAAAAUAAAGGUUUCCUCAUGGAAAGAGGGGAGGUGAGCGAGAGAAGGAAGAGAGCAAAAGAGAGAGAGGGAGGUUGUGGGAGGGGAAGAGGUGGAUGAGGUGGAUAGAAGGAGACAGGCAGAAAAACAGGCGGGGUAGACAGCGGAAGAGAGGGCAAGACGGAUAGACUGCACAGAGAAUGAUCGCGUUCAGGGACAUUUGCUCCAGACGAUACUGGUAAACAAGGGAGUCUGAUGAUCCAUGAUUCACUGGCAGGCAGACCACACACACACACACACACACACACACACACACACACACACACACACACACACACACACACACACACACA